CGAAACGAUACGACGAUUACUACAAAACUGAUACUUUGCUCUGUUAAAUUCAAUAAUUUCAAUUAAAUUAAAACAAUUUCAAAGCAAAAAAGUUAAUAAACUUGUGCACUACAUACUGCUCUACACAAAUUUAAUGAAAUAGAAUGAACAGCGAAUACAUAUACAUACAAAAUUAGUGAAAACGUUCAACGUCCAAGUGGGAUUUUUCGCCCCUUACAAAUUUUGUGAACCACAAAAAAUAUUGUACGAGUUGUGUGUGUGACAUGGAAACCAUUUUAAAAAGUGAGACAGUGCUGUUGUUGAAACCCAUGAAAAGUAGAUUGAACAUUUCAAUAAAGUAUUGAGACAUUUUUCGUGCUUGUAAAAGACAAAGCAAAAGUGUUGUACAUAUUAAAAUUUUGCGAAUAAUUCGGAAAGAAAAGUUUCACAAAAUAGAAAUAACAAAAACAAGCUGCUGUAGUCGGAAUAGCAAGGAAAGGGACUUAACGAUAAAGCUUAGGCCAAAGAUCUACGAAAAUUGAUCAAAUAUGAGGAACAUAUGGGCGUAAAUACACACCAAGAUGAUUACUAUGAGAGUCUUUUUCGGAGAACAACGGCCAGCUUUAGAGCCAAACAUAAUAAAGAAAAUAUAAAAACGCGAGAAAGAGUUCCAACAAAUGAAAAUCAUUCAACAGCAAAAACUCGGAAACAGUCUCGCCAAGGACCUCAGAGACCCUUGCACGAAAGCAAUCGCAGCAAUGAUCAUACAGCAAGAUCUGAAACCAACACUGAAAGUCGAGGCUCCAAAGCUGCUUCCAAACAAGAGUAUGGCUUUCCCCCGGCAGCUAAUACGACCACCAUCAAGUCCAUGGUUGAGGAUAUGGUCGCUAAGAUUCUGGAGGAAAAGCUUUCCAACUCGACCGGAACUCCAGAGACAAUUGCAAGCAUGGGCUCGCGACCAAUGGCAACAGUGGUACAGGAUCUUGUCAACAAAAUUUUAAAAGAUAAACUUUAUGGACAAAACGAAUCUUCGCCUGGUUCUAGCAAACCUCUUAAUUCAGUAAUAGAAGAUAUAGUUAACGAAAAACUUAAAGAGAAACUUGCAACCUUACAAGCGAUGCCUGGAACAGCCGAAAAUCAAGUAAAUUGGCCCAACUUGCACAAAGACUUGACACAGAAUCUUAAAAUUUCUAAAGAUAAAACAGAUGCAAGUAAGACCCUAAACUCCCAAGCUAUCUUGACUGAGCUAUUGGCGAAAGAUGACAAACCCACGUCAUCGAAUAAGCAACGAUCAACUACGGGUCGUAGUCAAACGCCUGAAUGGGAAAGGCUAACUGAGAAUAACGCUAUUAAACGAAUGCCAAGGCCAAGAAGUAAUUUACCCGAGUGGCGAGGCAUUGAUAACGAAUCCAAAGAUCGUCCUUCCACCAGUCAAAGGACGAAACGUUCACAAAGUCCUGGGGCCUCAUCAAGCUGUCGUACCAGUUCCAGAUCUCUGGCUCCAAAGGGCACUAGUGUUCUGAUUCCUCGCUCAGGUUCCCGACCUCGAAAGCCCACUAAUUCGGAUCCCGUAGCAUUGUAUCAGUAUUAUAAAAACGAAUGGGACUAUUUUCGUCGCUACAUUCCAGGAGAGACUAAUCAUAAUCGUUUGCGCUGGCAUGUACGUCAACGAUUUUUGGAUCCAGAAUAAAACAAAAGGACUACAAAUACAAUUAUUUUUAAAUUUUUUGUAAUUGUCAAGUGUGAAAGUUAUGUAAAAGUGUAUGUCUUACAUCAUCUUAUAAAAGUUGAACUGUGUUUGUUUGUAA